AUGAUGACCCGUGUCAGCUGGAAGGCUGAUAGCGAGGGUGCCGAGUACAAGGGCUUCCACAGCGUGCUGAGCGUGCUCAGCUACAUGCUCAAGGCUCCUUUGACUCCUCCCGGUACUCCCGUCGUCAAUGCUCUCGGCAAGCAGCGCUCUGCUUUGAUUAAUAUCUUCCGUGCUUGCGUUGGUCUCCAGCCCGAGUCGGAGAUGACCCUCGAGCACAAGCUGCUGUAA